UAGCUAGCUGUUCAUAUUUACACACAGCUCCUCCCCCAGCCCCCAUACUAUACCUCCCUCUCUCUACUGCCACUACAAACAAAAUACACCCAACUUCCAAACCCUACCAAAGCGGGAACAACAACUCUCUCUCUCUCUCUCUCUCUCUCUCUAGAUCUCCCAAAGAUCAGCAUUUACCGGCUAUGUGAUUUGGGCAUCUGUAGAAACCCAUUUUGAGCUCAAAAUAAGAAGAAAUAGCAAUUAGCAAGUCAUUUACUGUUGUAGUACUGUAGCAUUAUUAUUUGGCCGGAGAUGGCAUCAGCGUGCGUGAACAACAUCGGAAUGUCACCGGAUACCUUUUUGGACUGUCCAGCUACUUACCCUUGGCUGACCCCUAGUAGAAUCUCAUUCAGCCGAGACCACACCGAUGAAUCCAAGCUCACCGGACCAAAGCCUCCACCUCCCUUUCCAGAGAUAAAUCACCAAGGUGCUUCCACUGAACCUCCGUCAGAUCCAGAUCCAGAGGUUUUCACCAAGGACUUUGGCGAUUUCGAGUUCAGACUCGAAGAUCCGGUCACAAUGCUUCCCGCCGACGAGCUCUUCUCCGACGGGAAGCUCAUGCCUCUGCACCUCUCCAUGAUCCCACCGCCGGCGACGACGGAGAUCAGUUCUCCGGAAACGAUUAAAUCUCACCGGAGAUCUGACGUUUCCUCCAUGCCGGAUCCGUACUUGUUCUCCCCGAAAGCACCGAGGUGUUCGAGUCGGUGGAAGGAACUGCUUGGCCUUAAGAAACUCUACUUGAACGCCAAUGCUAACAAGCAAGACGGCAACAGGACGAUGUCGUCUUCCUUGCCCUCUCACACCAGUCACAACUCCAAGUCUUUCAAAAACUUUCUCCACAGAAAAUCCUCCAUCGAUUCCUCUCUGAGCCUUCCUUUGCUAAAAGACUCGGACAUCGAAACCAUUUCCAUAUCAUCUCGCUUGUCUCUUUCCUCUUCUUCCUCCGGUCACGAGCACGACGACCUCCCCCGUCUCUCGCUCGACUCCGAAAAGCCUAGCAUCAACAUGUGCCCCAAGAACCCCAAUCUAAACUCUAAUAAUCCGCCUAGAGUGAGACUGGUGAAGCACAAAGCACUUUCGUCCGAAAACCCCACGAGAAUCGGACGGAGCCCCAUGCGCAGAGCACCGGACUCGGCGGCAACAACCGCGGCCGCAGCACGCGGCGUGUCCGUGGAUAGUCCACGGAUGAACUCGUCGGGAAAGAUCGUGUUCCAGGGUUUAGAACGGAGUUCGAGCAGUCCGAGUAGCUUAAACGGAGGGCCUAGAUUCAAGCACAGGGGAAUGGAGAGAUCGUAUUCUUCUAACGUCAGGGUGACUCCGGUUCUCAACGUUCCGGUUUGUUCGCUCCGGGGGUCUUCGAAGUCGAGCGUGUUCGGGUUCCAGCUGUUCUCUUCUCAACAGAAGAGAGAAGUUGGCCCCGGUGGAGGCAACGGAGUCGGAAACAGGGGAGGGCAACAGAGUAAUUUCAGGAACCGGACUGUGGAUCGAGCUUGAUCAAAUCCAAUCAAAUCAAUGCGUUAUCGGUUAGAAGUCGCUGUUAUGAUUUCAGUUUUGUUAGUAGUAUUUCAGAGGAGGCAAUACCGAUGGUGGUGAGGCUUAUUUCCAUUUCUUUUUUCCCUUUUUGUGUUUUUUGCAGAUCUUUAGCUUAUUUGAAUGUACAUAAGCCGAGGGAGUCUGUUUGAACGGUCUCUUUUUUUCUUUUUUCUUUUUGUGGGAGUAUCUCAUAUGGUGCUAACUCUGAGCUGCUGAUCUACUGGUGAAAACAAACCUAACGUGUUUAGAUUGUUUGUUUAGGGUGGUUAGAAGAGAGUUCUUCUUCUUCUUCUCCGUUACCUGGAAGAUAUGACUGGAAUCUCUGUUUGUGUUUUCUUCAUUCAAA